CAUUAUAAUUCGUACACAAAUAGCAUCGAUUGUUAGCUUGCUAGCGGCGGAUGGUGGUGUCGAUAGUUCGGAAAAAAGCAUCUUUUUUCGCAGGAGUAAGAAGAGCAACGUGUGAGCCGCGGAUCAGUGGUCGGAGCAGAGAUCGUGGCAUCGUGGUCGUUUGAUCGUCGCUCCAAGUCAAUGUCGAGAUACACGGUCGCAGGUAGUCGCCCUCUACUUUGCUCGCACGUAAGGCUGGUCGUGCGUGUAUGGCCUGGUUCGUAGUAGUCGCGACGCUGCCGACGGCAGAUGAAAGUGCUCGCGGAAGUAGAGUCCGAGAAAAGGAUUACAGGAUUAAUCGACGAGGCUGGGCGUGACUCGCAAUGUGACAAAAUUGCGGCGACCUUGGUGGGACGAUGAGACGCGAGACGAGGGCGCGUUGAGGUCGAGGGUGGCGAGCAGCAAGGGACGGUGCAACCCUGGGACGAUGGGACGCUCGUCCGUAAAGGAGGAAUACGAGAAGGACCGCGCGCAGUAAGAGGGUGGCUGUCAACUGUCAUGGCGAGAUGGAAAUGGAUUCUCGCUAUCCUCGCAGGCUUUUGGAUCCUGACGGACGCGUAUCUGGCCGUGCUCUCCUCCGACACGCCAACGGGGAGCGUGGUGUUCGAGGCAGGGGUGCCUCAGCUGGGCGGUCGUCGCAAGUAUCAGGUGUCGACCGAGCGAACCGCUUGGUUCGCGAGGAAACUGCUCAAAGUUCACCCUCACACCGGCCGCGUCACCUUGGCUCGGUCGUUGAGCUGCGACGGACUUCAAUAUCCACGGAUUUUCACCUUCUACGUGGACUCGACGAGUUCCAGGCUGGGCAGACCGACGAUCGAUUACUACAGCCUGCCGCUGAGGAUCCUGAUAACCGGCUGCGGCGGUGAGAACCGGGAUCUUGCCGCCACCAGAGGAUGGAUGGCGGAGACUCUGGCUUCGUACGCUAUGCCCAGCACCGAAAGGUUCACGGAAGUCUGUCUUCGUACGUCGCAGCUGGUGGCGGCGUUACGCGAUUUCCUUCCGCAGACGGCACUAAAGGAAUGCGAGACCAGAUGGGGCGGUGUGGCCGAUCCGAGGUUCUUGAUCGAGGGCGCGGCAGGCGAUUUGGUCUCGGCGACGGAACAGUGUCUGGUGGAUCCUAUCUGGAAGAUUUCCGUGUCGAUGAACCUCAGAUGCGGGAUGGAGUCGCGAUUGACCGACGCCGAACACCGUCUGAAGAUCGUGUUUCACCAUCGGCAAUUGGACGACACGGAUCUGGGGAGACGCGUCAGAAGAGAGUUGAAGAAUCAGUCCCCGUACUUUGAACAACCGCUGUACGUCGGGGCGGUCGAGGAAGAGAAGGAUCCCGGGGUGUACGUGACUUCCGUGCGCGCGAGAGACCCCGAGGGUGGGACGGUCCGCUAUUCUAUGAGUUCUCUCCUGGACGCUCGGUCCCAGGAGUUGCUGGUUCUCGAUCCUGUUACCGGUAGGGUGACGACGCGCGCCAGGUUGGACAGGGAGAGCGUCGACGUGCAUUACUUCCGCGUGCUGGCCGUGGACGACUCGUUCCCCCCGCGAACGGGCACCACCACUCUUCAGGUGAACGUUUUGGACGCUAACGAUCACGCGCCCAGUUUCGAGUGGCCAGAGUACGACGCCUCCGUCAGAGAAGGUGUGCCCGUCGGCUCGACCGUGGUCACGGUGAAAGCUUCGGACAAGGACACCGGAAGGAACGCCGAAGUCGAGUACUCGAUCCUGGCCACGAGCACCGGAAACGGCGUCGCGAACGCCGAGGACGCUUUGACCUUUCGUAUCGACCCUAGGUCGGGAGUCGUCACCACCCGUACUCCGUUCGACAGAGAAAAGACCGAGAUCUACACGGUCUUGUUGAGCGUAUCCGAUCAGGCGACGCCUCCGUCGGCGCGGAAGAGCGCGAACGCCACCCUGAUGGUACGCGUUCUGGACGACAACGACAAUUAUCCUCAAUUCACCGAGCGCACCUAUUCCGUAUGGAUACCCGAGGACUUGGACUACACAGCGAAUCCCGUGGUGGCUCGAAUACGGGCCACCGAUGCCGACGCGGGAAACAACGCCGCGGUACGGUACGCGAUCAUCGGCGGAAACACUCAAAACACCUUUUCCAUAGACUCGAUGAGCGGGGACGUGGCCCUCGUCAAGUCUCUCGACUACGAAUCCACCAGGAGCUACAAGAUAGUGAUACGCGCACAAGACGGCGGCUCGCCCGCGAGAUCGAACACCACUCAGUUGUUGGUACACGUGAAGGAUGUCAACGACAACGCGCCGCGUUUCUAUACCAGCCACUUUCAAGAGUCCGUGUCGGAGAACGUACCCGUCGGAUACUCGAUGUUGAGGAUACAAGCGUACGACGCCGACGAGGGCGCCAACGCUCAAAUCAAGUACACCAUCGGGGCGCGAGACUUUUCCGGAGCUUCCACGGAAAAUUUCCCUAUAACGGUCAACACCGAGACCGGAUGGAUCUACACGACCAAGCAGCUCGAUCGCGAACAGUGCUCCAGGUACCAGUUCACCGUGAUAGCAGCAGAUUCAGGCGAGGCGCCAAAGUCUGCCAGCGCCACCGUGAUACUCACGGUUACCGACGUCAACGACAACGAUCCAUACUUUGAUCCGAAAAACUACGAAGCCGUGGUCUCGGAGGACGAUCCACCGGGUACUCCGGUCACGUCCGUAACAGCGACCGAUCCCGACGAGGACGCCAGAAUUCAUUACGAGAUCACAGCGGGUAACACCAGAGGCCGUUUUUCUAUCGCGUCUCAAAACGGACGGGGUCUGAUAACGGUGGCUCAGCCGCUCGAUUACAAACAGGAAAAGAGAUUCGUGCUGACCGUGACAGCCUCCGACAGCGGAGGUAGAACCGACACGGCUCUUGUUUACGUAAACAUCUCGGACGCGAACAACUUUUCACCCGUUUUCGAGAACGCCCCUUACUCUGUCUCGGUGUUCGAGGAUGCCCCCGUCGGCACCACGGUUCUGGUCGUCAGUGCAACCGAUUCCGACGUCGGAAAGAACGCUCAAGUCACUUACAGCUUGGACACCGACGGAGGGGACCCGGCAGCGUCCGAGUUCACCAUCAAUCCGCAAACAGGCGCGAUAACGACCACUCGGACGUUGGAUCGCGAACUUGUUCCCGCGUAUUUGUUAACGGUUACCGCGAGGGACGGAGGGAUCCCACCUCUCUCGGAUACGACGGACGUGGAGAUAUCCGUCACGGACGUAAACGACAACUCUCCGACCUUCGAGGCGCCACAGUAUCACGGUUCCAUUCCGGAGGACGUGCUCGUCGGCACCAGCGUCCUGAGAGUAUCCGCUACCGACGCGGAUACGGAUCUGAAUGGCAGGGUAAGAUACGCAUUGGAAGACGACGGCGACGCCGCGUUCGCCGUAGACUCGACCACGGGAAUCGUUCGAACGGCGAAGCCGCUCGACAGAGAAUCCGUGGCGAGGUACUCUCUAAAGGCGGUAGCCAUGGACAGGGGCUCUCCUUCUCUCUCUUCCGUGGUGCCUGUAAUCGUGAAGAUAGAGGAUGUGAACGAUUCGCCGCCAGCUUUCGAAAACGAUAAAAUCGUUCUCUAUAUAGCCGAGAAUUCACCGAUCGGCUCGACCGUCGGUGAAAUUUACGCCCACGAUCCGGACGAGGGACCGAACGCCGUCGUGCAGUACUCGGUGAUAGGAGGCGAGGACUCGAAUAGUUUCGCUCUGAAUGUCAGGCCGGGCGCGGAUCGAGCGGAACUGAUCACUCUCGAGGAAUUGGACUACGAAUCGCCGAAGAAAAAGUUCGAGUUAGUGGUGCGCGCGGCUUCGCCUCCGUUGCGAUCGGACGCUCUGGUUCAGAUUCUGGUGACAGACGUCAACGACAACGCGCCGGUGCUGAAAGAUUUUCAGAUCAUUUUCAACAACUUCAAAGACUUUUUCCCCGCUACGGCCAUCGGCAAGAUACCUGCCGUCGACGCGGACGUCACCGACAAGCUGACUUACACCAUCCUUGCCGGGAACAACGCGAAUUUAAUCGACCUGAACAGAACCACGGGAGAGAUCCGUCUGUCGCCGCAACUAAACACGAACGUGCCCCGCGUCGCGACCAUGGAGGUGUCCGUCACGGACGGCAUCAACGAGAUCAAGGCCACCAUGACUCUCUCCGUGCGACUAAUCACCGACAAAAUGCUUCUCAACUCGAUCACCGUCAGACUGGACGACAUGACCGCCGAAGCUUUCCUCAGUCCUCUGUUGGGAUACUUUCUGGAUGGUCUGGCGGCGAUCAUCCCGUGCCCGAGAGAGAACAUAUUUCUCUUCAGCAUACAGGAGGACGCGAACGUUCACGGGAAGAUCUUGAACGUGAGUUUCUCCGCGCGCAGAGUCGAGCCGGGAGUCACGGACGAGUUCUACAGUCCGCAAUUUCUGCAGGAGCGCGUGUACUUGAACAGAGGUAUACUAGCGAGGCUCGCGACGGUCACGGUGCUGCCGUUCGACGACAACCUCUGCGUCAGAGAGCCUUGCUUGAACUUCGAGGAAUGUCUGACCGUGCUAAAAUUUGGAAACGCCUCUGGAUUCGCCAGCAGCGACACCGUGCUCUUCAGACCGAUAUAUCCGGUGACGACGUUCGCUUGUAGGUGCGCGAGAGGCUUCACCGGCAGCAAGGAGUCGUAUUUGUGCGACACGGAGGUAAACUUGUGUUACUCGAAUCCUUGCAUGCACGGUGGCACCUGUUAUCGCAGGGAAGGCGGAUACGCCUGCGCGUGCAACCCCGACUACGCCGGAGACAAUUGCGAGAUCUCUUUGGAUCGAGACUCUUGCAAACCCGGGCUAUGCAAAGGAGGUUCCCAGUGCACCGUCAAGAUCACGGGCGGUUUCACUUGCGAAGGAUGCCCCGUCACGACUCUGGAAAGCGUGACACCGCUCUGCGAACUGAAAUCUCGCAGCUUCGGGCCCGCGACUUUCCUCACUUUCGCUUCCUUGAGACAGCGGCACAGGUUGCAUCUAAGGCUUCGGUUCGCAACCGAAGCGGCCAACGGUCUUCUCCUCUACAACGGUCGGUACAACGAGAAGCACGACUUUGUGGCCUUGGAAAUAAUCGAGUCGCGAGUGCAGUUCAGCUUUUCCCUCGGCGACGAGGUGACUCGAGCCAGCGCGAGCGUACCCGGCGGGGUCUCCGACGGCCAGUGGCACGAGGUGCAAGUUUUUUACAUAAACAGAACGGUGACGAUUUCUUUGGACGAUUGCGACGUCGCUCUGGCGUUGGAGCACGGCGAUAGACUCGGCAAGCGGUGGUCCUGCGCCGGCAGAAGCGAACAGGUGCUCGAGGAACGAUGCGACAUCGUCACCGAGACGUGCCAUCGAUUUUUGGAUCUAACGGGACCUCUGCAAGUCGGCGGUCUGCCCGCUAUACCAUCCAGCUUUCAGAUCAGGAACAAAGAUUUCGUUGGCUGUAUCGCCGAGUUGUUCGUCGAUCACGUGUUCGUGGACUUGAAUUCGUUCGUGGCCGACAACGGUACCAAUUCCGGCUGCCCCGAGAAGAGCUCGUUCUGCGCGUCCAACCCGUGCAAAAACAACGGUCGAUGCAGAGAAGUGUGGUCGGGAUUUGUUUGCGAUUGCGAGGAGAACUACGCGGGACCUACCUGCGCCGACCAAGUGGGAAAACCCUGGAACUUUCACGGCGACGGAAUGCUGAGUUUCAAUCCCCUUCUGAGGCCCAUCCAGCUGCCCUGGCUGACGGCCCUUAGCUUAAGAACGCGAGCCAAUCGAGCGUUCGUGAUGAGCGUGCAGAUAGGACAGAACAGUUCCGCGGUGUUCGAGAUUCGAGAGGGGAAGCUGAUCGGUCUGCUGGAUGGUUCGGACAUCGUUCGGACUUGGAACAACGUAGCGGACGGCGAGUGGCACAGGGUAGAGAUCGUCUGGCAGAGCGGGCAGGUCUCGUUGGACGUCGAUUAUCGCAACAGACCUCUGUCGUCACCGUUGCCGGCAAAGUUGCAAGGCCUUUACGUGGGCAGAAUUCUAGUCGGCAGACCGGAGCAGUUCACCAACACCGAGCUACCGUUCUUCGACGGGUGUCUGCAGGACAUCCGUAUCGGCACCAAUCAGACCAUGCUGCUGCGACCGACCGUCCAGGAGAACGUCGGUGUCGGGACCGGGUGCAGCUCCGAAGACGAGUGCGACGUCGACUGCCCCGAAGCCUCGAUAUGCGUGGCCAAAUGGAAGGCGAGCGAGUGCGUUUGCGCGCCCGGCCGAGUAGGCCGCGAUUGCGAGCGCGUUUGCUCGUUGAAUCCCUGCAACAACACGGGCACCUGUAUCGAGGACAUCGGUUCUCGCAGGGGAUACAGCUGCCGUUGCGAGUCUCCGGAGUACUCCGGUGACUAUUGCGAGAUCAAGGCGGAUCAACCUUGUCCCGCGACCUGGUGGGGGUCGCCUGUUUGCGGGCCUUGCCACUGCGACGAGACCAAAGGCUACGAUCCUGCCUGCAACAAGACGACCGGCGAAUGUUACUGCAAAGAGAAUCAUUAUCAGCCUUCCGGUAGAAAGGAGUGCAUCCCUUGCGAGUGUUACGCAACCGGAAGCUUCGGUCCGAAGUGCGACACCGAGACGGGCCAGUGCAGGUGUCGAGUCGGAGUGAUCGGUAGAUCUUGCACGGCGUGUCCGAAUCCUUACGCGGAAGUUACUCUUCGCGGCUGCGAGGUGGUGUACGACGGCUGCCCCAGGUCCUACGCGAUGGGCCUCUGGUGGCCCCGUACCAAAUUUGGAAUGACCGCCGUAGAGGAUUGUCCCGAAACGGCCGAGGGGAAGACAUCCAGAUCCUGCGACGACAAGCUAGGCGGAUGGCAGGAGCCCGAUCUCUUCAAUUGCACCUCGGAAGCUUUCAUCGAGCAGAGGCAUCAACUGGCGGCGUUGGAGACGAAAGAUUUGACGCUCAACACGUACGUGGCGGUGAAGAUAGCGAAGGACGUCCACAGGGCGGUGAAUCUGACCAAAGAAAUGUACGGCGCCGACUUGCUGAUCGCGGAGUCUUUGCUGGUCGCGUUGUUGAAGUACGAGGAGAGCUUGGUCGGGUUGAACUUGACUCACAGUCAGGACAAGGACUACGUCUCCCAUUUGGUUGGGAUCGCUGGCAGCGUUUCGAUGGCCAAGUACGCGGACAAAUGGUCGAGAAUCGAGACCCUCACCGGCGAUACUCCCGACAAGGUUCUGGACGCCAUGGCGAAUUACUUGAAGAUUCUGACCGCGUCUCAACACGAUACCUUUACCGAUCCGUUCGAGGUGGUCGACGUUAACGUUGUGUUAGGUUUGGACGUGGUGACUUCGGAGAGUUUAUUCGGUUACGAGAUGGACGAAUACAAGGAAGAUCCAACGGCUUCCACGUCUAGACCGGGCGAAGCGGAUCAAAGAGUCGUUAUACCCGAUACGUCGGCGUUUCUAUCGGCACCCACGCAUUUCGGGCCGUCGAUCGCCUUUCCCAAGUACAAUAAUUAUAUGCCGGAUCCGAGCAGAUUCGAUCCGUAUUCAAAGAUACGCGUACCCCUGAGCGUGUUGGGCAUCAAACCUUUGGCGCAAGGGGAAUUAAACGUUAAGAAAAGUUUGGUCAAUCGGAAGGCUGUGCUGAGUUACGUGCAAUACAAACAGUUGGGUGCCCUGUUACCUCGGAGAUUCGACGAUUCGGUGACGGUAAGAUGGGGCGUCGAAGUAGCUGUGGGAUCGCCAGUUGUGACCGUAUCCGUUUUGGUACCUUGCGAAAACGGUCACGAAUCGCUGACUGGAAUUCCUCUACAGUCACCGGUUCAAAUUAGUCUUUGGCUCAGCGAGAAAGACGAUCUGAAGACUAGAAUAAAUCCGCAGUGCGUGCAUUGGAGCACGGCUAGAGGGGUCGGCGAAUGGAGUCGAAUGGGUUGCACCACCGAGGUCGAGGACGAUUCGUUGUCCUAUGGCACGGUUGUAAACUGUUCUUGCUUACAGUUGUCCACUUUCGCGAUAUUAACGGACGUCCUCGACCUAGAGUACGUCCCGGAGCCGUCCCUUUUGGAAGACGUGACCAGUUACAGCGCGUUUAUGCUCGCUUUGCCUUUGUUGCUGUCCGCUUUGCUCAUUUUGUCCUUGAUACGCGGCGGUGGCACCAACUCCAACAGUAUUCACAAAAAUUUGGUAAUGUGCGUCUUCUUCGCCGAGGUGCUCUAUCUCAUCGCGCUCAAAGCCAGAAGUCCUCUAGUCUCGAACGAAUUUCCGUGCAAAUUGACGGCGAUCGGUUUACAUUACGCCUGGUUGAGCACGUUCUCGUGGACUCUGGUAGAUUCCAUUCACCUCUAUCGAAUGCUCACCGAACUGAGGGACGUGAACCAUGGACAGAUGAGAUUUUAUUACACGAUGGGAUACGCUGCUCCAGCUAUUAUCGUUGGACUGACGAUCGGCGUUAGAGCUGACCAAUACGGAAACUUCUAUUUUUGCUGGUUAUCGAUCUAUGAAACUGUGAUUUGGUCGCUGAUAGGACCAGUCUGCCUGGCAGUGUUCGUAAACUUUUGUAUUCUCGUAAUGUCCGUACGGGCGGCGUUCACGCUAAAGGAACACAUUCUGGGCUUCGGAAAUUUAAGGACGCUGCUCUGGUUGUCCGUAGCGUCGUUGCCUUUGCUUGGGUCCACUUGGACUCUAACGGUUCUCAACGCGUCCGAGAACUCUCCAACUUUGUCGUACUUGCUCAGCAUAGCGGUUGUCGUUCACGCGGCGUUCAGUUUGAUUGGUUAUUGCUUCGUCAAUGGCAGAGUACGUAGAAAUUUAUACUUGAGUUUGUUAAGAUGCAUCGGAAAGAAGACGCCUUUGUUGGAAGGAAGCAUGGGAAAUGGCAGCAGCAGUCAGAAUGUAAACGGUCACUCGCGGUCUGCGUUGGCCUAUUCCUCGACGUAUAGCGGAGCGGAAUCGGUGUGUCGAAGGGUUCACGUAGGGGUUUCGACGAGUAGUACAACUUCUCGAAGUACAAAUAAAACUGGGUCCAGUCCGUAUCGUAGCGACACUCAUUUAAGGCAUACGUCAACGUCCACGAGUAAUUAUAACAGCGACAGAGAUCCUUAUAUGUCGUCUAGAAGUCAUCGAUCGACCUUACACUCCAGACAAGAAGCAACGGAACCGCGAAAUCAACGCAGAGAUUCCGAAUCCGAUUCGGACGGGUCUCAAGCGGAAGGCGGCGGAAGGAGCUUAGACCUCGCGAGCUCCCACAGCUCGGACGAAGAAGACGUCGCGUCCAGGUCGCAUAGAAACAUGGGCGUCUCGACGCAACAACCCGUUCCGCACAGCUACUUGCCUAACAUUCACACCAAUCCAGCCGAACACUUGAACAUACUUUGCUCAAACACGGAACUCUUCCCAAAUAUUAAACCUAUCUACGCGCCUAGAUGGAGUUCCCAGCUACCGGAAGCGUACCUGUCAUCGAACGUAAUGGACGUCCGCGGAAGCCAAUGGUCGGGUGGUACGAUGUCCGAUAACGAAAUGGCCUCGAACAAGACUUCCAGUCCGAAUCCACUGCCUUACCCCGAAAUGAACUCGCCCCGAAAAAGUCAAGCGGAUGAAAAUUAUUCCGAAGGCGAGGAGAAGCUUCAUCAUCUAGGCGAAAAGUAUCUGUUUCCGUACACGGCCGAAGAGGAUCACACCGUCUCGCCUACGCCGUACAUCCUACCCAUGUCUUCCCGUAUUCUCGCGUCCAGCAUGAGUCAUCACUCGCAGAACUCGAAUCACGAAAACCUGAGCGGUUCCGAGAGGUAUGGAAGCUUGAAACGCGGACAGAGCUUGCACGGGUCGCAGCACGACAAUCUCAGCGGCUCGGAGAGGUACGGUAGCCUAAAACGAGGUAAAAUCACACCGACCGUGUUGGAAGACUCGCCAGAGUAUAUUCUACCGAUGAGCGGUCGAAUAUUGUCCAGCUCGUUGACCCACGAUUUACAACAUAGCAACGAAUUGGCCGCCCUCAGGCAACAGCAGCAGCAGCAGCAAUACGAGCAAACGAUUACGGAGACCGAGAAGGAUACUAACGCGGAAACGUCAGUGUGACGAGCUCCGUGCGACAAACAAACACCGUACAAAGUAAUAUAACGUACUAUUAGCUUAAAACUCAAAUGAUUACGUAUAUAUAUAUAUAUAUAUUUCUUGGAGUCAUUAUUGCUCCGAGGUAUAUUUUAAGAGCGGCCAUGACUGUACUUACGAAGUUAGCCAUAUCGAUUAGUAUGUUUGCGCGAGUGCCUGAUCGUAUCUCUAUAUACAUACGUAUGUUUGUCGAUAUUUUGUUUCGUGUGAUGUUUAGCUUCGGGCUCGGAAGCGAUUCUUCCGAUAUCUUCGUUCGUUAUCGCGAUCCGCGAUUGCGAUUAACAGCGCGAAAUCUCGGAAGACCACAGAUGAUCUCUAGUUCAUUCCAUCGUUCUUGUGAUUAAUAUCUCGCUCUCUCUCUUUUUCUUCGUUAUAUCAUCAUUUCUUGACAUAGUAUCGUGCAAUGUAUACAUUCCACUUCCAUCUUACUUUUAGGUUAUGACAUUUUUUUAAAGAAACUUUACAACAUUUUUAUACAUGCCAUGGAAGAACCGUACAACUGUAC